UGGGGCGGGGCCGGUGUUCGGGCUUCAAGGGCCGUGUCGGGGCCGGACACCUGCGCUCCUCGGCGGCGGCGGUGACGACGGCGUCCGGGCCAUGGCGGCCGAGGCGCGCGUAUCGCGUUGGUACUUCGGUGGGCUGGCGUCGUGCGGGGCCGCCUGCUGCACGCACCCGCUGGACCUGGUCAAGGUGCAUCUGCAGACGCAGCAGGAGGUGAAGCUGCGCAUGACGGGUAUGGCGCUGCAGGUGGUGCGCUCUGACGGCAUCCUGGCGCUCUACAAUGGGCUGAGCGCCUCCCUGUGCAGACAGAUGACCUACUCCCUGACUCGAUUUGCCAUCUACGAGACCGUGCGGGACCAGGUAACCAAGGGCAGUGAGGGCCCCCUGCCCUUCUACAAGAAGGUCCUGCUGGGCUCCAUCAGUGGUUGUAUCGGCGGCUUCGUGGGGACCCCCGCGGACAUGGUCAACGUGAGGAUGCAGAAUGACAUGAAGCUGCCCCAGAAUCAGCGCCGAAACUACGCCCACGCCCUGGACGGCCUGUACCGCGUGGCCCGAGAAGAGGGUCUGAAGAAGCUGUUCUCGGGUGCAACUAUGGCGUCCAGUCGAGGGAUGUUGGUCACCGUGGGCCAGCUGUCCUGCUAUGACCAAGCCAAGCAGCUGGUUCUCAGCACGGGGUACUUGUCCGACAGCAUCUUCACUCACUUUGUCGCCAGCUUCAUUGCGGGUGGAUGCGCCACAUUCCUGUGCCAGCCCCUGGAUGUGCUGAAGACCCGGCUGAUGAACGCCAAGGGCGAGUAUCAGGGUGUUCUGCACUGUGCCAUGGAGACGGCGAAGCUUGGGCCGCUGGCCUUUUACAAGGUUAAGCAGGGGCGUGGCUGGGGCAGGGGGCCAGGGCAGGGGGGUUCCCUCCAGGGCUGUCUUCAUGUCCCCCCUCCUCUCUCCCUCAGGGCCUUGUGCCUGCCGGCAUCCGCCUCAUGCCCCACACCGUGCUCACCUUUGUGUUUCUGGAGCAGCUUCGCAAACACUUCGGCAUCAAAGUGCCGUCCUGAUGCGGCCGUGGGAGCAGCUGGGUCACGCCCAGCCCCCUGCCCCGGUUUUUUCCAGAGGCCUGGAGGGUCAGCAGCUGAGCGCUGCCCUGAGCCCAGCACCUGCCCGCCGUGCUCCGGCCCCCUCCUCCCUGGCUCAGGACCCCCGCCCCAGCCUGCCUGGCCAGCCCGGUGACCGUCAUCCCCUCCCGAGCUGCUGCC